AUGUCGACUUCCGUGGACGCCCCGAAGCAAUUCAAGCAACCUUCCCGUAAGGGCAAGAAGGCGUGGCGCAAGAAUGUCGAUAUCACCGAGAUACAGGAGGGUUUGCGCGAUCUGAAGGACGCGGAGAUCACAGGUGGUCUUAUCUCCGAAAAGCCUUCCGAUCAGCUUUUCGUUCUCGAUACUGUCGGUGAUGAAGACGUGCGCAAGUCUAUCGCCAAAAAGCAAAAGAAGCCCCUCAAGUCAGACGAGAUCCUUGCUCAGCGGUCAAUGAUUCCCGCCCUGGACGGUCGGAAGCGUGGAAACCCGAACGUGACCGACGGAGUCAUUGAGCCGAAGACGAAGAAGCCCAAGAGCGACUGGGUUAGCCGUAAGGAAUAUCUCCGCCUGAAGCAAGUGGCGAAGGAGGGAAACCCUCUGGGCAAGAAGACCGGAAAUGAGUUCUACGAUCCGUGGGCGGAAGAUACUGAACCCUCGCUGACGUACGACGACCCCCGCUUUGAUUUCCUGCAGAAGCCCAAGCCCAAGGUUGAGCCGGUCACAUUAAAACACGCCCCGAUCUCGCUUGCUGCCAAUGGAAAGCCCAUCCCCUCUGUUAAGAUGCCGCAUGCCGGAACCAGUUACAACCCUGUGUUCGAAGAAUGGGACAAACUAUUGGAGACACAUGGUGCCAAGGCGGUUGAGGCCGAGAAGCUGCGGUUGGCGGAAGAGGCCAAGGAAGCUGAGAAGCAGCGUUUGAUCGAGGAAGCCAAGAACGACGACGGUGAGGUGAAAUCAGAUGAUGAGAGUGCCUGGGAGGGCUUCGAAAGCGAGUAUGAGAAGUCCGAGUGGCUGAACAAAAAGCGCCCCGAGCGGAAGACCAAGACACAGCGCAACAAGGCCAACCGACGCAAAGCAGCAGAGAGGCAAGCGAAGUGGGAGGCAGCGCGGGUAAAGAGAGAUGCGCAGGCCGAGCAUAUUCUCAAGAUCACCGAGCAAGUCAAGCAACGGGAGCUCGAGCGCGAGAAUCAGUCGGAUGCAGAUGAUUCUGAAGAAGGUGAUGAUACUGCCCUCCGCAGGAAGACCUUCGGUGGCAAGAAAGCUGUACCCGAGCAGCCGUUGGAGCUGGUGCUUCCUGAUGAGCUGCAGGAUUCUCUACGACUCCUGAAGCCGGAAGGCAAUCUCUUAGAUGAUCGAUUCCGAACAUUGAUCGUUCAGGGUAAGCUCGAGUCUCGUACACCAAUUACGCAGGCACGCAAGGCCAGACGACAGAUUACGGAGAAGUGGACUGCGAAGGAUUUCAGGACUGGUAAUUGGAAGAAGUUGCAGGCGACAUUGCAGAAGGAUUCUACUGUCAAGCGCAAGCCCUCCGACCGCGGGUCUGGAGAUGGCAUUGUGAAGAAACGGAAGUUGACAGAGAAGCAAAAGCCAUAUAACCAAGACGCCAAACCAACCAAGCGCAAGAGAAUGACCGAUAAGAAAGAAAAUGGCGAUUCAGCGGAUGCACCAGCUCCAAAGAUCGAGACGAGUUCGCGUCACAAGGAAAAUGAAGGCCGUUCACCAACCGCCGAACUAGGAAAAUAUGUCGCAAUGGAUUGUGAAAUGGUGGGCGUUGGACCAAACCCCGACAGUGACUCUGCACUUGCCCGCGUCAGUAUCGUGAACUACAACGGCGACCAAGUAUACGAUUCGUACGUGCGCCCGAAGGAGAUGGUCACAGACUGGCGCACGCACGUGAGCGGGAUUGCCCCCAAGCACAUGGUGGAGGCACGAAGCCUUGAGCAUGUCCAAAAAGAAAUUGCAGAUAUCAUGAAGGACCGGAUUCUCGUCGGUCAUGCCGUCAGCAAUGAUUUGGAUGCACUCCUUCUCGGCCAUCCCAAGCGCGACAUCCGAGACACAAGCAAGCACGCGCCAUAUCGGAGGAUCGCAGGCGGUGGAUCACCACGUUUGAAGAUUUUGGCUGAGGAGUUUUUGGGAAUCAAGAUCCAGGAGGGAGCGCAUUCUAGUGUGGAAGAUGCUCGGGCUACGAUGGCUUUGUAUCGUCGGGAGAAGGAUGCGUUUGAGCGGGAGCAUUUGAAGAAAUGGCCUGCUCGGAUGAUCGUCGACAACAGGGAGAAGGGCGACCAGAAAAAGAAGAAGAAGAAGAAGACCACACGCAAGCGCUGA